AUGCGGCAGAACAGUCGAGAAGACACUGCUGCAAUGUCUGGCCCCCAGCAGCAGCAGCAGAAGCAACAACAGCAGGAACUAGGGGGGGUUGAGGGAUACAGUAGCUCCGUUGCAAAGCAAACGGCCUCAUCAACAACACCAGGGGAAGCAUCACGUGCAGCAGCAGGAUCAGGAGGAGCAACACCCGCAGCAGCAGGAGCAGAAACAAUUGCAGCAAAUGAAGCAGGUGCAGCAGGAGUGGCAGCAGAAGCAACAGGCUUUCGUCUGCUGCCACUACAGCAUCACUCCUCAUCGUUUGUGAGUGAUUCCGACUCUGACACAUCCCCAAUGUCAUCAUCAGCAGCAGCUGCAGCAGCAGCAGCAGCAGCAGCAAAAGAAGAUGCAGCAAAAUCCUUUGUUCUGCAGCUACAGCAAAAGCAUGCAAAAGCUUUAGCUGUGUCGCCUCCUGGGGGCCCCCUACCCCCCCUAAGAAGGCCUCCCUUAGCAGUCCUCUUACGGUGUCUUGCUAUAAUAUGGAGCAAAGAAGAUCGCUAA